AAGCUGGCACUCUGGCCGACUGGAGCAGGACGCCUCAGGCCGACUGGAGCAGGACGCUGCGCGCCUCCUCUUGCCCGGCGUUUUCUAAGACGCCUCGCCCAGCGGGCGGCUAGUCCCCCUGCACAAUGGACCCCUCUCGCCCUGUGGGACUGUCGAUUCUGCUCCUGCUCCUAACGGAGGCUGCACUGGGCGAUGCUGCUCAGGAGCCAACAGGAAAUAACGCGGAGAUCUGUCUCCUGCCCCCAGACGAGGGACCCUGCCAGUCCCGAAUUCCUAGGUACUACUACGACAGGUACACUCAGAGCUGCCGCCAGUUCACGUAUGGGGGCUGCGAGGGCAACGCCAACAAUUUCGAAACCCAGGAGGCCUGCGACAACGCUUGCUGGUGGAUACAGAAAGUUCCCAAAGUUUGCCGGCUGCAAGUGAAUGUGGACCAGUGUGAGGGGUCCAUAGAAAAGUAUUUCUUCAAUCUAAGUUCCAUGACAUGUGAAAAAUUCUUACGUGGUUGGUGUCACCGGAAUGUGAACAUGUUUCCAGAUGAAGCUACUUGUAUGGGCUUCUGUGCACCAAAGAAAAGUCUAUCAUAUUGCUACAGUCCAAAAGAUGAGGGACUGUGCUCUGCCAAUGUGACUCGCUAUUAUUUUAAUCCAAGAUACAAAACCUGUGAGGCUUUCACCUAUACUGGCUGUGGAGGGAAUGACAAUAACUUCGUUAGCAGGAAAGGUUGCAUACGUGCAUGUGAAAAAGCCUUGAAGAAGCAAAGGAAGAUGCCAAAGCUUCCCUUUUUCAAUAGAACCCUGAAAAUUUGGAAGAAGCAAGUUUAGGCAUUUUUAAUAUGUCAUCUCGUGAAUGCUUAUUUGCCUUUGUGGUUUUAUCUGAAGAAUAAUAUGACAGCAUGAGGAAACAAAUCAUUAGUGAUUUAUUCACCAGUUUUUAUUGAUACAAGUCACUUUUUAAAUUUGUAUGUUUUUUAUAUAUAACUGGCGGCUAUUCAAAUGUGAGUCUACCAUUUUUAAUUUAUGGUUCAACUGUUUGUGAGACUGAAUUCUGCAGUGUGUGAGAUAUAAAAGCAAAUAUGAUUCACCCAUUUCUUGGGAUGGUAUUCCUGAUUUCAGAAGAGGAUAGUAACUGAAAUAGCACAAGACAAUAUAAUUGUGUGCUUUCAACAUAUUUGAGAAUAAAAAGGACCAGCAAAUAAAACUCA